AUGGGACGGGCCCAGAGACGCCGUGCCGCGCCUCAAUCCCGGCAACGACGACGACGACGUUCGCAACGCGGGGGCAAGUUAUUUGAUGUUCAGAAGUUAUUGACCAAGACGGGGAUGGAAUUUCAUUGGCUCGGUUAUCAGUACAUGGGACCUGGGACCCAUUUGGAAAAUCGACUGGCCCGCGGUGAUCCAGGCAUCAACAAGUUAGACAGGAUUGCCAAAGCCCAUGACAUUGACUAUGGCAAAGCCAAGGACUUGAAAGACAAAUGGGCCGCCGAUCGCAAGAUGAUUGCCAAGAUUGAUAAACUACCCGAUCGUAAAACCCUGAUAGAACGUAUUGUUAAAAAUAUCAUGAAAGCUAAACUCAAGUUGGGCAUGUAA